UGCCUCGUGAAGGCCGAAGAAAUUCAAAUUUGGAAGAAAUUCCAAUUUGAUUUAUGAUUGCUUUGAUACAAGUCGUGGGUACUGAGUGGUGGGCUCAGGGCUGAUAUUCGGCUUUUUUCAUGGUUUUUGAGUGGUCGCAUUUCACACCCACCUUUUGGCUAGAGCGAGCCUGCUACAGUACUCAGGUGCAUUAUAGUCUUGAGCUGAAGUGAAAGUCAAGAACAAAUUCAGCAACAACUUGAAAUCGGAAUUUACUAUCAAUGCUCUAGCACACUCUUCGCCCUUGAGAAGUGAAUAGGGCCUUUGAACUCUGUUGAAAGGCGGCGCCAUGAUCUCGCUCAGCAAGAAGCUGCUGCAGAAGCGCGGCGAGGCGGCGGCCGGCAGCGCGGCGGCCGGCGCGCCGCCAGAGAGCCGCCGCCGCGCCGCCAUGCGCGACCGGCUGCUCACCAAGGAGGUGCAGGAGAUGCACGAAAACCUGCCGGCCACCUGUUCGGUGGAGUUUCCGCGGCCGGACGCGCUGCACGAGCUGGUGCUGACGGUGCGGCCCGACGAGGGCUACUGGCGGCGCGGCGCGUUCGUGUUCACCAUCACGGUCGGCGAGGAGUACAACCUGUCGCCGCCCGAGGUGCGCUGUCGCACGCGGCUCUGGCACCCCAAUAUCGCCGAGGACGGCGCCGUCUGCCUCAGCCUGCUGCGGCAAAACUCCUACGACGGCAUGGGCUGGGCGCCCACGCGCAAACUCAAGGACGUCGUCUGGGGCCUCAACUCGCUCUUCACCGACCUGCUCAACUUCGACGAUCCCCUCAACACCGAGGCGGCCGACCACUACGCGCGCGACCGCGACGGCUUCGAGCGCAAGGUGUCCGAGUACGUGCGACUGUACGCGCCGCGGUGAGCGACUGACCGCUCCGGGCAGGGACGGACUCUGCGCCGCGCGGCCGGGGCCGGCCCGCGGACACUGCCCCGGCCGGCCGUGCGAGCUCGGCCGCCAGUGCCGCGCGCGGCCAGCUCCAGUACCGAGAGCCGCUCACAGGCCAGCCGGUGUCUGACUCGCUCCGGUGACCUCAGUGCGCGGCCCCCGGGUGGACAGGGAGGUACUGGCCGGCCGAUCGGCCCGGCCCCGGCACGUGAAGCGCCUCCGCAGACCUUCCGUGACACGCCCGUCCAGUCAGCGAGCCGGAGAGAGGCGCCGGUGAUCGCGGCGUGUGUGUGUGGUCUGGGGUGGCUGACGCGCUCGACAUGUGCCGAAGCACCGCCAGUGUAACAGGCCUAAGGCUACUUGGCCAAGUGCUGGCUGUUUGCUGAUCAUGCUGCGGCAUUCUUAUCCUGCUGAUCAUACCGCGCUGAUUAUCUGCACAGAGAACUGUAUCUAGUUGAGCCGUACGUGCCUGCAUACUUUGACCUCGCUGAUUUGUGUUCGGCCGUUUUUAGGUUUAAUGAUGCCGCAAAUCCAGAAUCCCUCAACGUUGGUUUGUUGGUCUGUAUUGGUUUGUUCGUUCGCAGCCAGUCUUGUGAACUGUGCACUCUUUGUCAUAUUGUUCGUAUGAGUGAUUUUGGCCCAGACUGGCUCUUGUUUAAGCAGCCUGACGUUCUGUUUUAGUUCAGAUAACGCCUUACAGUGCCGUUUGUUUUGCUCAGCGCCACUACCAUUGUCAGUCGUGAAUCGUUCGCGCUGGCCAGAGGCGACCUCUGAGAGUGACGGCAGUCCUUGUGUGGGGGGAGCCGAGCGGCCGUCCCUGUGAGGGAGGAGCCGAGCGGCCGUCCCUGUGAGGGAGGAGCCGAGCGGCCGUCCCGGCGAGGGUGCGCCGUCCCGCCGCCCUGAAUACGCGCCGUGCUGCGGCCCGACCUUAGCCACUGCUCCGCUGACCGAUACUUGUGUAAUGUGUCCAGUCUGAUAACGAAUAAAUAUCCACUCUGCU